CUAGUCUGUCGUGUAACACGAGCGUUCCAAUGAGACGAUUUUUGUUUCUUAGCCAGACUACUUGACUUGACGUGAAUUCUGAACCUGCAGUCUCCACCAAAUACGAGCGCGUCGCCAGUAGUCUUUAACCAACGAACACAAGCAGCCACGGACCGAAGGUUUAAAGAACUAAGGAUUUAGAUUAAAUACCGAGUGACUGAGAGAGCCGUUGAGUCUUAGUGAGGCAGGGUGAGAGCCUGAUUUGUAUCAGAUCGGGAGGGGGAGGAGGCACAGAGAAUGAGCUAUUCUUGUACCAGCACAGAAGCUGUAUGUAAUAGACAGGACGCAACUAACUGCAGUACUCAGGAACCCGCCACUAAUAAUACGAACGGUGGCAACGGAGGUAAAGAGAGUGCCAGUAGCACCAGUUCCCGCCAGCCGUAUCACAAACCGCUCGUGGCCAUGAAAGUGAAGAAAGGCUGCAACUCUACAGACGCGGGAGUUCCAGUAACUACGGAAGAAGAAUUGUUGAGAAAUCCUGUAAUAACGGCCGAGGAUGUACUUGGGUUACAGAAGAUCACCCAAAACUACCUAUGUUCUCCGGACAAGAAUGUGCACAUGAUUGACUUCACAAGGUUCAAGAUCCGGGACAUGGAGACGGGGACUGUGUUGUUUGAGAUCACUAAACCGCCAGCAUUGCCAGGCAACAAGAAGGACUUCGACCCGAACGCCGGACGAUUUGUUCGUUACCAAUUCACCCCUGCCUUCUUGCAGCUGCGUCAGGUUGGAGCUACAGUGGAGUUCACCGUGGGAGACACGCCUAUCAAUAACUUCCGGAUGAUUGAGAGGCAUUACUUCCGCGAGCAACUCCUCAAGAGCUUCGACUUUGAGUUUGGCUUCUGCAUGCCCAGCAGCAAGAACACUUGCGAGCACAUCUAUGAGUUUCCCGCACUCUCAGAGGAGAUCAUGCGAGAGAUGAUUCAGCACCCCUAUGAGACGCAGUCUGACAGUUUCUACUUUGUGGACAACAAGCUGGUGAUGCACAACAAGGCAGACUACUCCUACAGUGGGGGUCCAUAGGAAUACGACCCCCCAUCUUAGGCACUUCCCACCCCCCCCCAUCUCAGCCCCUCAGGACCAGAGAUUGAUGGACUGACAGACAGAUCACAAGCACAGGACGGGUGGACUGUCUCUCACUCAACAGACAAGAGCGUCUCUCCCCAAAACUCGCCCAACUGACAAAUUUAUUUUCCUGUAUUUCCCUGUUACAGUACAUUACAAUUCACACAACCCGUGAAGCUGUGUGUGUGUGUGUUUAUCAGUCAAUGUGUUACACUUCACACAGGUGAACAUACAGAAGCAGUCUCUUCUCUCUAACGUUCCUAAUAAGACAUUGACAUGGAUGAUCAUUUCAGAAAAAAAAGCACAACUGUUACCGUUUGUAGGGACCAGCUGCUGUGAGUGAGAUUGGACGCGCCUCGUGAGUAUUAUGGAAACAUUAAUCUGCAAAAAAAAAAAAAAAAGAAUGAAAGAAAGAAAGAAAGAAAGUAAUACCAUGAAAAUAGAGACAAGAGUCACACAGAGUGUCUGCUUAUCCUCACUCUUUCUCAUUGGUAUUUAGCUGUUCAAUAAGGGGGAGACUGACACACAGCAGCCAUCAAAGGACCAAUUACUGAGAGUCAGAGAGAACAAUGCAUUGAUGUAAUCAAGGAUUCUAGAUGAACAAUACUUAUAUUUCUACUAGGGUUUUGGCAAACCUUUUUUACUUGUAAAGAAAGUCAAUGUUCUUUGUCAUUUGAAUUUCUUCUAGCCAUGGAUCUGAAUUAUUUGUCCCUCAGACUGUAGGAAUACAAAGUUAUGAUGGUAUUGGUCAUCAUCAUAGUGAGCCAGUUCAAUGACAUUAUGGCCCAUAGAGUGGGAUAGUUACUUAUCAUGUGAAUGUGUUGUUUGUAUAUCCACAUACUCAUACAGUAGCUCAAUCAGAAGUAUUUUUUUAAAUAGCCACAUCUAAAAUGUCAGACCGAAGUGUUAAGUUCAUAGAAACUCAAAAAUAACGGACUCAUUUUGAUAUCCAGCCCACACUGUUUAGUCUCAAGAGAUAUACUUUAUUUAUAGUGUAUGUGGUUAAUGUAAAAUGAAAUGUACAAAAAAAAGAGAUGUAAAGUUUGGACUGUUGAAUGCCACUCUGGGAAUAAAUAUAUGUGAUUUUUGGGGGGAAAUAUUGAAA